AUUGGUAUCAUAGGAGGCACAGGACUAGACAAUACAGACAUCCUUCAGGAAAGACAAGAGCAUUAUGUUGACACCCCAUUUGGCAAGCCUUCUGAUGUUUUGGUCCAUGGCAAGAUUAAUGGUGUAGAUUGUAUUUUGCUUUCAAGACAUGGCAGGCAACACACCAUCAUGCCAUCAAAUGUGAACUACCGUGCCAACAUCCAUGCAUUGGUAGCCUCUGGAUGCACCCACAUCCUGACAUCCACAGCUUGCGGAUCCCUACAGCAGAACAUCGUGCCAGGCCAGUUUGUUAUCUUAGACCAAUUCAUUGAUCGAACCACAAAAAGAAUUCAAACAUUUUAUGAUGGUGAAUCAAGUAGUCCUGAGGGCAUCUGUCAUGUACCGAUGCACUCCCCCUUUUGUGAGGAUACCAGACAGAUUUUAAUUAAGGCUGCUGAAAAAGUUGGAAUUGAAUUUCAUCAAAGCGGGACUGUGCUUACCAUUGAGGGGCCUAGAUUCUCAAGUAGAGCCGAGAGCUUACUCUUCCAUAAAUGGGGCGCCGAUGUUAUCAACAUGACAACUGUCCCAGAAGUAGUCCUUGCCAAGGAGAAAGGUGUCUGUUAUGCUAGUUUUGCCAUGGCAACAGAUUAUGAUUCUUGGAGAGAUGAUGAAUCAGGAGAGCAUGUAAAUGUUGAUGCUGUAUUGAAAAUAAUGAAGGACAAUGGAGAAAAGGCAAAGAAGCUGUUACUUGCUGCUAUUCCACUUAUAGCAGAGAAAGACUGGUCUCAAGUUAUUCAAGAAACAAAGGCUGCAGCAUUAGGAUCAAUAAUGGGCACACAAAAGAAGUAGCAGAGAAUUGUGGUAUCCUAGCAAAUUAUUGUCAUAUAUGAAUAAUGAGUGACCAAAGAUUGAGUGCCCUAGAUGCUAAUCUUAUGUCAGCCUACCACUUGAAUCAACUCAAAAUAAUCUUUGGCAGCAAUUGGUAGUCGUGCGACUUAAGGCAACAUGAAAAUAUAUACCAAUAACAUAUUUUGUUCAAUAAAUAACAAUAUGGAUGGGUAACAUUCAUAAUGUAGAGUAAAUGCCUGCAUACGUGCCCUGGCACCUAAUAACCCUUUUGGAAGCUUCAGUGCAGCGCUUAUUCUAGAGCGGCACUUAUAUAAAUAUAUUGGUGUGGCGUUUUCCAUAGCCAUUCCCAUGUUACAUGUCUCACACAUUCCCGUAGUUCAGUAGGUCCUACCUCAGCGUAAAUAAAUAAAUAUUUAUAAAGAAGUGCUUGUCUUUCAUUGUGUUAUUUAUUUAACUCUGUAUACACAUUGUAUUUAAAUCCUAGUUUCUCAAAAUGUUUCAUUACACACAGGGUAGUGUGGCACUUAAUCGAGAGUGGAGCUUAUUCGAGAGAUUACAGUAUGUUCAAAAGUAGGAUAAUGUCUUUGAUAUAAAUUGCAUAUUAUAUUACUAUUUGUUUAACAUGGUUACAGAUUUUAUACAAUCUUGUGAAAUUAUUUUUGGGAAAAUAUAUGACACUGGUUUUAAGUACUGAUAUUAAUAAUGUUUGGAUUUGUAAAGAAGUCAUUAAAAUGGAUACAUGUACCACAUAUGAUUACAUUUCAAUUAAAUGAAUUGUAUUUAUAUUUAGAAGGUAGAAUAGAUAAAUACACCAUAGCUCUUAAGAAGGGUAAUCAAAGAAAUACAUCAUUUAAUAGUGACAGCUCUCAUUUUAACUUUAUUAUCUGCAAUAAAUACUUUAAUUAACACUA